AUGUUCAACAACUUUUAUUCUUCCAAUCCAAGCUUUCCUGUACGAUGGGGUAUAGUUGAACCGUGCAACAAUAUGAGAGAUAAUUGUGCUCACCUUCACAAAUGGAUCUACGGCCACAGGUGGUCUUCACUUGGGAUGAAUUACGACAACUGUCCCCAUUUCAGUAUCACCCAAUACAGAAAUCUUAUAGAUCAUUUGGGACAAGAUGAUUUUAUUUGGCGGCCAUAUCUUGGUCUAGAAGCCAUUCACGAAGUUAACCAACACGACUCUGCAGUGUGGAGCGCAAAGGUGCCGAUUAUCAACUUCACAACCAUGGAGAUGCACAACAGUGAUCGUGUAAAGCUUCAUUUUGGAAUGCUUCAAGAUAUUCCAUGUCCGCCGAAAUGCAUCCCCGACAAAUAUCACACCAGUAAAGUCUCCGACCAAUGGGAAUAUUCUCCAUGGACCAAGUAUGCAAAACAUGAGUGUCGUGAAUGGAGGCAUCGCAGCCAUUUUAUUUUGUCCGACACUGUGUUUCCAUACGAGAGAAAACAGACUAUCCAAUACAUGAAUUGGUAUAAGGAGGUAUCCAUCGGUUUCAUUUUGCAUCCAAGAUAUCUUGUUGACCCACGCCAACAAGCCACAUCAUCAAGACCCCAACAACCAACCCAACCUCAUUUCCAACGGCCAACCCAACCCCAUUUCUAA